GACAGAUUGGAAUAAAAAGACAUGACAACCUGUCUAAGAGAUUCAGUUAUAAGAAAACGACGGACAAGUUACUGUAUGCAAACAAGACAAGAUGAAACGCAGACAGAAACAUCCGUACUUUGAUGCAGGAGACGCACUGCUGAAGAAAAAGAAAAUGCUUAAUGGACAGACUGCUGUACCAACAAACACACAAUCAAACAGUCAGACUGUUAAUGGGAAGGAAAGCCUAGAAGAAAUCAAACAUACUGGUGCUAUUACAUAUAAUGCAAUGGUCCAGAACAAGGAUCGGCGUCAGUCACUGAGCACAACACAACGAAGGACGGAUUUAACACAAGCAACCUGUUCACCUGACAUGAAGCCAAAAAGAAGCUUUGAAGAGUUUACACCUAUCAUCGCUGCUGAUGAUUCUGAUGAUGAAACCUACCUGUUCCAGUGCUCCUGUGCAGGUCUGUACCAGUGCAGUGUGACCGGCCUGGUGUUUGUCAUGAAGGGAGAAGGAGACGUGGUUUACAGGACUGUCCCUUGGAACAGGAAGCUGCUGGCCCAACACCACAAGAAGCCUGCAGGACCCCUGUUUGACAUCAAAUGUCAGCAGCAGUCUGUGUGUCAGCUUCAUCUCCCACACUGUGAGCUCAUCUCCACAGGUGGAGGUCAGUUCUUGAAGGUCGCUCAUGUGAAUGAUGAGACCAUUGAGUUCAUCCUCCCUCAUCAGAUAACAGAAAGUCAUGUUGUUAUAAACAUCACAGGGUUUUCUGGUUAUGGUAAUGUCAAGGAUGAAGACUCUGCCCCUGGCCCAGUCCAAGCAAUGGUUCUGCUCUUCUACAAACCUCCAGAAGAACUUAAUCUCAGAUCCUUUCUCAACGUAUUGUUGUUGCCAAGGAACAUCGUGGUCCAUGAUGUUAAAAACAAGAGGAGGGAAUUAGUUGGUGAAGAGAUGUACAUAGAUGUACCCUCAAAAUGUAUUCUGCAUCCAAAACAGGUUUACACUCUAUCCACUGUCCCUGACGAUGACCUGAUUAACAUUCAACCAUAUGAGGCAGAGUUUGAUGAGGAGUAUCCUAACUACUCCAUCACAACCUUCCAGGUGAUUUUAAAAACAAUCAUUACAGAUAUUAACCUGAGUGUGACACACCAGAGCAGCUCCAGCUGUGUCUGGGAAAGAGAGGUUUGUCUUUUGCCCAACAGAGUGAGAUCCAUGAUUUCUUCUCCAAAUAAGAGGCUUUUAAAUGUAAGGAGCUCAUUCAUUGAUAGGAUAUCAGGACCUGUUCUCAGCAGUCUGAUGGACAAACUCCUGGAGAAAGGGGUGAUGGUUGAUGGUGACAGGGAGGAAGCAGACGCAAUGCAAAGCAGGAGCGAUAGAGCUCGUUUUGUUAUCGACACUGUGAGAAGGAAAGGUGAAGCUGCCAGUUCACAGAUGAUUGAGUUUCUGCGUGAGCUUGACGCCUUCCUCCACAGAAAUCUUUUUUUGAUUUGACGCAUCUGGCAAAUUUUGUUAUGUUUGCCUAGAUCUGAUUGAGUCUUUCAGGCUUCAGCUACAACAUCAAUAACCAGGAGUGAUCCAGUGUCGCCCAUGUAUCACACAUCAUUGUGUUGGAGGUUGAUUUUAGUUUAAUUUGUCCAAAUAGGACUAAUGCAGCUUUUCUU